AUGAUGAUUUGAAGCUCAGAAGUCCAAUGCAUUGUGCAGCACAAAUAUCAACGUUAGAAGAUGACCUGAAGCUAAGCAGUGAUGAAGAUGACUGUAUUCAGCCAGCAACCCAGGGACAAGCCAUCGGACUCCAAAAUGACAGUGGUGACGUUCAGAAAUGCAGUAACACUGUCUCAGCAGUCUCCAUCAAAGGGUCAAGCAGCUCGAGUGAAACUGACACCAGCUCCGAAUCAGACUCUGAGAGUAGUUCCAGCGAAAGUGAGAGCAGCAAGCCAUCUGCAUGUACCAGCCCUGAGACUCAGCACACAACUGCAAACAAAUGGCAGCUGGAUAAGUGGUUGAACAAGGUCAAUCCAAACAAGAAUACCAUUCUCAAUCAGUCAUCAAACCUAAAUCAUGGAGGAGUAAAUCAAGGUGAACAGGGCUGUAAGAAGGUAUCUCAGGCUGAUCAGACAUGUCCAAGUCACAGAGAUGACAGGAGCCCAGUCAGAGAAGACCGGAGUGUUAAAGCACCGCGCACUGUUAUAGGAAACAGAGGUGUGAAGCUUCGACCACCGCCACCUGUUGCACGUGCUGCUACAGUUGUGGUUGCCAUUCCCACUGAAAACACAUCUGGAAGGACACCAGCAGUGUGCAGAAAGCUUACAAGGAGGAUAGAGAGGACAUCUAGUGGUGAUAAUCUGAACUGCCACAAGCUAGAUGAUCAUACUCUCAGCCAAGGAAUUCUUGGGAGUGAAAUAUCGGAACAAACGAAGUUGACUUGUUAUAGCAGAGAAUUGCAUAGAAAGGAAUCUAGAGCAACUCUGCUUGAUCACAAAAGUAGGCGAACUCAAAUUACUAGAUCUGUUCCUAAAUUCAAAAGGGAUAUUGGCCUCUCAUUGCAACUUUCUGAACACAGCACAGAAACAGAACCAGACAUACCUCCUUUUUGUAAAAAUAACUCUGCUUUUACAUCAGAAGGAAAUCACAGGAAUAAUGAGUGUGGACGUACUAAUAUAAACCAAGGUAGUCCUUAUAGCACACAACAUUUUAUUAGUAGGAGGACUACAAGUGACGUUGCCCCUGAGCUGGAAGAGCACUUUUAUACUCUAGUUCCUUUUGGGAGAAAUGAAUGCUCAACAAAGGAGCACAAUGAUAUCAAGUCAUUAUGGGUUCAGAUUGAUUUAAUGCUUUUGUCAAGAAUUCCACACUGUGUUCCUCAGGUGAACCUCAAUAUGAAUAACAGCUCAGAGAAGAUACCAACUUCAUCACAAAGUAAAUGUUUACUUCAAGUGAGAGAGAACCCUUUAUUGAAAAUGCGACGGAAACGUAAGUGUGAAAGUGAAGGAUCUCAGGAGAUGAAGAAGAACCCUGUGGAAAAGGAAGAUAGUCUACAAUUUCCAGUUGAGAGUAAUUAUACAGCAAACAGCCAGAGUUUAGAACUCGACAGCUUUGAGAUGACUCUAUCAAAACCAGGGAAAUGUCUAUCUCCGUUACCUUCUCUUCCUGAUGAGCCUAAACCAAAAUGCACAAUUGAGGACAUUUCUUCUGUAAAUAAAUGUGAUAGAGAUAUCAUGUCUACCAACACUUCUUGCAAUCAACAUCAACAAGAAAAGCACUCACAUUCUCGACAGAGAUCACAACUAUCAAGCAAUACAAGUUCUGUGUUCAAUAAAGACGACUCAAAUUUGAACCUUUGCUCACCUGCACAGAAUGGACAUACAGAUCCAAGGCUAACAAAGCAGUUGCAUAGCACAAGAGUUCGCAAUGCAGAUUACUUUAUGCAGGAAGCUAAGCGAAUGAAGCAUAAAGCAGAUGCCAUGAAUUGCAUUAAAAAUGGUCUUCUACAAGUAUGGUCCUCGGUCCUCAUAAAGCAGAUGGCCACUAUGCAAAGUAUAUGAUGGAAGUGAAA